AUGAAGAAAGAAGUGCAAGUCAUUAAACCUCCACUUGAUAAAAGGGAAUAUAAAGUUAUCAAACUAGAGAAUGAAUUGGAAGCCUUGUUGGUGAGCGAUCCUGAAACGGCUCAAGCAGCUGCAGCCAUGGAUGUCAAAGUGGGUCACUUUUCAGAUCCUGUGAUUUUCCAGGAUUGGCACACUUUUGUGAGCAUAUGUGUUUUUUGGGAUCUUCUAAGUAUCCAAAAGAAGGGAGUAUCAGGAUUUUGUCAAGAAUAA